UAGUAUUGUUCAGCAGAGGACGAACGGUCACAUUGGCACACACACACUGGCACUUUGCCGAAAAUUGGUUGAUAUUUUUUCGCAAAUAAGCUAAAAUUUAGCUUAAACUAUAGUUAACGUUGGCCGGAUCGAAGAACAACGACGCAGACACCAUGGAGGUCGAUGAGGAAGAGUUCGAGGUCCCCUCCAGCAGCAGCAAAGGCGAGAAGAAGCGCUUUGAAGUGAAGAAGGUGAGUAAACUCGGCGAGGAGUCAGCAUUUCUGGCGGUCAUGGCCGGGCCUUUGUUAAUUUUGCAACUUUCUCGUUUCAUUUUCCUUGGAAAAAUGCAGUGGAACGCCGUGGCUCUAUGGGCAUGGGACAUCGUGGUGGACAAUUGCGCCAUUUGCCGCAACCACAUCAUGGACUUGUGCAUCGAGUGCCAGGCUAACCAGGCCUCGGCCACCAGCGAGGAGUGCACAGUGGCCUGGGGCGUCUGCAACCAUGCCUUCCACUUCCACUGCAUCUCCCGUUGGCUGAAGACGCGUCAGGUCUGUCCGUUGGACAAUCGCGAAUGGGACUUCCAGAAGUACGGCCACUAAUCCCGCUCAUACACCAAUCCCGUAAUCAACUCAACGGAGCAGGAGCCUUCUCACCCGGAAAUAACUAUAGUAUACCCACUUAGUUCUUAAGCGAUCCAUUUCACAGGCCUCACAGAGCUCACCCGGAAUGUCGCGGGCGGUUCUCUUGGACCUUCUUCCCCACUACCUUUCCCCCAUAAGAAACGGAUUUUUUGUACGCUUACUUAAUAAAUGAGAAGAAGAUGCUGAAGACAGAAGAA